AUGAGUUAUCGUCAAUCAACACAACGUAAAAAUUGGAUUUUUGAAAGUCCUGAUUCAGUUCAUCAACAAUUUGAAAGGAUUAAUAAGAAAGCAGGACAAUUACUUAGUACUGGAGAAUGUGAAGUAAUAGUAGAUUAUUAUGCUAAACAAAUGUUUUCAAUUCAAAAAAAAAUUAAAUUACCAUUAAAUGUAUUUUAUUCUUGUUUAUUAUUAUAUAAACAUUUUUAUAUAAUUCAAUCACCACAAUUAUUUCAUCCAAGAUUUAUUAUGAUUGCUUGUUUUUGUUUUGGAAAGAAAUUAGAGGAAUUUAGAUUUGAAGGAGAACAAGAUAUUACUAUUCAAUUUUUAUGUACUAAAAUUUUUGAAUCAAAAUUACUUAAAAUUUCAUUACAAGAACUUAUUUAUUAUGCUAGAGUAUAUGAACCAGUAAUAAUGGAAGUUCUUCAUUUUGAACUUGGUAAAUUUAAUGCUAUUGAACCUUUUUAUGGAUUUAUGCAAAUGAUGGUUGAUUGGAAGAAUACAGAACUUAAUACAUUAAUGGAAGAAGAUAAUAUAAAAAAAGAAAAUGUUUUAUUAAAUGAAUUUUAUGAAGAAAAAGAAGGAAGAUUAAGAAUUAAAGAAGAUUAUAUUAGAAAUGCAAUUGAUGAUAUGAAAAUGAUGUAUCUAUCAUAUGUCCCUUUAUUAUACUCUCCAUCUAUGAUUGCAUUAGCUAUUCAUUAUCAUCAACUUCAAAAACAAGAUGAUUUAGAAAAUGAGUUUGAGAGAUAUGUUCAAUAUUUGAGAGAUGAAAAUGAUAUUGAUAUUGCUCUUGGUAGUUUAGAUUCAAUCAUUUCACUAUCUCAAGAUUAUGAAGAUGUACAAAACUCAGUUGUUAAAUUAGUUGUAGAGAAAUUAAAUACUAUUAUUAAAAUAACUUGUGCUGCAUGUUGUUCUGUUGAUUUAAUGCCAUUCUUAAAUAAAGCAAAUGGUGAAUUAUCAAUCAUGGAAAGUAGUGAUGUUAAAUGGCAUUAUACUGAUGACAAAUCAUAUCAAAUUUGGUUACCAUUAGGUAAAAUACAACCAACAAAAGUAAGACCAAAUUCAUUUCAAUUAUCACCAUUUCUUUAUUUUCAACCUGAUGUUUUUGUAUUAGCAUUUGAUAUAUCAAAUAUAAAAAAUUUUGAAGAAUUUAAAAAUUUUGAAGAAUGGAAAAAUAUUAGUCAUUAUCUUGUAUGUAGAAAGAUGAUUGUCAUUGCAAUGAAUAGUGAAUUACCUCAUGCUAUUUCAAAUGAAGAAAUUAAAUCAGUAUUACGUAUAAUUUCACAAGAUAAAAUAAAAGUACAAUACCUCGAAUGGAAUACAAAAACUUCUCAAAUAAAUGAUUUUAUUUCAUUAGUUAAUCAAAUGAUUCAAAAGAAAUAA